AUGAGCGAACAGAUUUUGAACUUGAGCACUAAGUUUGACAGUUUAUUCGGCACAAAAAGCUCGAUUUCAACUAUUAAAGAAGCUAACGAAGGAGAAGAGUUAGAUGUUAUGUUAAAUGAAAUCAAAAGUUCAGACGAUCUGUACAAACUGAAAAAUUUUGAAAUCAACUCGCAGAUGGAACUUAUGACCUGUUUAUCUUGUUCGAAACACAAAACACAUGCACCAAAACAACUUCAGUCAACAAUAAAAUCUUCCUUCGGUGUAUUCAGAUUUAUUGAGCAAGAUGGAGGCUACAAUCAAACUCAAAAAUUUCGUGACUUAAAGAAAAGUAUAAGAUUUCAUCUCUCGAAUAGCUUACAUAUAUGGUGUGCAAGAAAAGAGCAGAAGGAAAAAGAAGAAGCCGAUGAUGUAAUGAGAAAGAAUGAGAAAGCUGGAUACAAUAUUGGAAGAAUCGCAUUAUUCUGUAUUCGUACUGGACUAGGUGGUUUAAAGUUUGUUGAAAGUGUUAACUUGAUUGAUUUAUGUGGUGGUACCGUUGGGAAUUACAGACAUAGUCGAUAUAUCUAUGAUAGGCUACGAAGUGUUAUGGCAGAGGAAAUGAAACUAAAGAUUACAGAAUACUUGGUUCGUGUGGAUCCAGUUCUUCAACAUUCUGUUCCAUUUGGCGUUACUUUCGAUAAAGUAACCCUAUUGAAACGAUCUAUUCAAACAACGCUACUUAUCACAUUCGUUGAUGGUGUUUUAACGCCAAUAUAUUUACAAUCACCACUUUGCAAAACAGAACUAAGUGGUAAAGAACUAGUCGAUAAUUGCAUUCAUGUAAUGAACUCGUUUGGUUUAACUAAAAAGAUGUUGCAGCAGCAGCUCUCUGGUUGUGCUGUGGAUGGCGCAUACAUACACCUUAACAUUGACAAACAUUUAUCAUCUGCCCUUGAAAUGAAUUCGGAGUGGUUGACUGUAUCGUGGGACUGCGCACACUUGUUGGAGCUUGCUAUCAAUGAUGUCAAACGCCAACGCAAGUUCGUUUGGAUAAACAACUUCAUCAAGCUGUGUGCAGCACUGAUGAGAAAAUACUCAUAUGGGAAGCAGUAUGAAAUACUGCUCGAAACUGCGCAAUAUCUUGACGAAGAUAUAUUAGCUUCAAAACAAUUCCACACGACACGUUUCGUUAGUUCCGAAAGACGAGUAUAUGAAACAAUCUUGCGAGACUGGAGAUCUCUGCACGAAGUGCAGGAAGAAGAGGAUCAGCUGAAUGCCUUGUCGCAUGGUGAUGUUAGUACAAGAACCAGGCGUGCUUAUACUGUUUUACAUGAAGGAACCGGCAGUGAAAAUACUUUAAAACUUGAUGAUAUUUCCUCGAUCGAUUUUGUUGGAAAACUCCUAGGUCUUAACGAUGUUUACUCUUUGAUCGUUAAAUCAUCUAUGUCCAUUCAAAUGGUUAACACUUUUCCAUGGGAGUAUUCGUAUGCAUUAGAAAAGUUGAAGAAAUCUCUAUCUGCAUACGCAGCAGAAGUAGAGAAAUUAUCCAACACUUUGAACAACACACAGGAAAUGGAAGAUGUGGAUGAGGUUCCCUUUGCCACCCAAAAGGCUCCUUUGGAUGAUGAUGAAGAAGGAGGAGAAUCUCCUGAAAGAGAAAAUGAGGCAUUUGACGAAGUGACGCUAACAUCUACACACUUAUCUUUGCACUACAAUGAUCUACUUCGUGGAGAAUUCCAAGGAAGGCCAGUCACGCGCAAAGCUGUUGAACACGAUUUGGAUGAUCCCACACUCUACUUUAGAGAGAAAUUAGUUGAUUUUUGCCAAGCAUUGCGUACUUCGAUCGAUACUCGAUUCGAAGAAGCUCCUGCUAUAUUCGAAACAAUGGCAAAAUGUCUUGACGUUGCGGCACUGUAUCAAGAAGUUAUUUUAGCCAAAAGAGGGGAUGUGCUUCAAUAUGGGCAGUCAUCGUUUCAAAGUCUACUUGAUUUUACGAAGAACAGUUCAAAAUAUAUCAAGAUCGACAGUAUUUUACUACAUGAUCAGUAUCUGAAGUGGAAGAAACGAUGUUUGACAGAAUUGAAAGACAAAGAAAAUUGGAACGUUUGGACAAAAGACGAUAGAAUUUCAACAACAAAAGUCAUGAAAUCUUUCCUUACGAACAGAGAUCUGGCUAGUGGUAUCGAGCAGUUUCUACAUUUAUAUUCGCUGAUGGUUGUCAAAAUCAGAAACGAAAGUGCUGCUUCAAUCCUGAAGCAACACAUUCAUAGCAAUCGAGUUCUGGAUCACGAAUCCCUAGACGAAGAAGUAAUGUUACAUUGGAAUGCACCACCGCUUCAUCUAGCAGAUCCAUUCAUCAAGUCUUCCCUCGACAACUACUUCUAUCAGUUGAAAGAUAAAAUCUGGGUUUUCUUCAAAAAAACAGAUCAUAACCGUCUAUUCAAAUUAGUUUCACCUGGUUCGGUUGUUUCGAAUCGCUUAAGAAAACAACAAGUACAAAGAAUUCCUAUGUUAUUCUGCACCUCUGAUUAUAUCUUUCUUAUUUACAAAGACACCGCAAAGCAAACACAAUCAGCAACAUCACCAAGAACGAACCAUCGAACACAAUAUUUACGUAAAUGGGAACAAACACCUGAAGCACAAUUUAAAAGUUAUGUUUAUGAUAAUCUUGGUGGAAAAGAGAAUGUUUGGUGUACUACCGGUAUGAAGACGUUAUCGCUUGACAAAAUCAAGCAACACAAAGAAAACAGUGAAGUACAUAAGCAGGCAGAGGCACAAGAAUUAUUAGUACCUUCUCGACUACAGCCAGAUUGGCAUGUAACAAAGCAAAAGGAAGUUGAAAAGCAUGAACGAGCAGUUCAAAAUUUAAUGUUGUCUUGUAUCUAUUUGAUUCAAAUAGAUUCCCCAUUAGCGUGUAUCGAAUCACUAUGUAAUUUAUUAGAAAAAUUAGAGGUGCAAUUACUACCUGCUCAAACAUCAGGUGUUUCUUAUCGUAAUAAUGACGCUGCAAUUGAAUUUUUGAAUCAUAUAGCUAAUUAUUUACACGAAGAACUCGUUGAGAAAAUACAAUCGAGUCCAGUUGUUGGUAUGUCAAACUUGAUCAAGACAACUGAAAAAAGUUGCAUCGUAUUCGCACGAUACAUCGAUAAUUAUGAAGAAAAGACGGCAUACUAUGGAUUACUCGAUUUGGAAGGAAAUGGAACUACUAACAAUAUUGUUGAAUCACUUAAUUGUUUAUGGGGAAAAGAUGAUAUAAAUGUGUCCAAAAGUUGCUGGUUCGCUUCAGAUAAUGCGAGUACAUUCACUGGUGUAAACGAAGGUGUUGUAGCUAAGCUUCGUCGUCAUUUUGAUUGUGAAUGGUUAGAAUCUAAUUCUUGUGCUGCUCAUACCUUCAAUCUAGUGGGUAGUCAAGCAUGUUAUCAACCAAAACCCGAGGCAAGUAGUCAAUCACUACUAGCUUAUCUUCAAGAAACAGCAACUGAUUACAAUUUGUCUCUUGGUGAACGUGAAUCAGCCCAAGAUUUAUUAAAACUUGUCUUGAACGAUGAGUUUUUGUUUUCAUUACAUUUUCAUUAUGAUCUUCAUGGAACUGUUCUUGGUCCAUUAACCAAGAUUAUGCAGAAUGACAAACUUACUUACUAUACUCUCAUGCAAAACGUUGAUGAAAAAAGAAAAAUAUUAGAAAAUUGGAAAGAUCUGUCGACAUCAACAGUUACUCUUGCAUUACUUGAUUAUGUUCAAUCAACAGCUGCACAAUCAUACGGUGGUUUUCAACUGAUUCUUGGUGAUCGUGAUAGUUUUUUUAAGAACUGCUCUGAUCAUGUUCAUCGUCUUCUUAAUGAAUUAGAUCGCCAAUUUGCUCGUUCCAAACUUCAAGAAGGUUUAUCUGUACUAUUCGACCCGCAAUGCUUAAUUGCGAAUAAAAAAUAUAUUGGCAAUGUUAAUUAUGGUAGAAAUGAGCUUGAUUUUGUUCGACAAAAAUAUAAAAAAUUUCCUGGUUUCGACUCAAAUCUUGUUCGUAAUGAAUGGGAAUCUUUGAAGCAAUCAUUAAAUGAUUUUACAAAUAAUUUUGGUCCGGGUCAAAAUUUUUCUGCUGUAAAUCGUAUUCAAACAAUUGGAAGGUCACGUUUAAAAAUUGUCACAUUGGAUUCCUUAAUGACAUGCUAG